GUUUUGCUCAUCCUCAUCUUCUUCUUCUCCCCGAUGCUCUGCCCCCCGACCCUCUGCACCCGAGAAGCCCCCCAACUACCGCCACCCAUUUCCAGCCGGAAAUCCGGCAAAGCUUGGGGAUUUCUCCCUAUUUUCUUGUCUUAGAACACCUGUUGAACCUAGAAAAUCCCAGAUCUGCGUCUUCCUCCCUCUGCUGUCCGUCGGCUUCAACUUGUGGGUUUGAAAUUUCUGGGCAUUUUUCGCCGUGAGUUUUCCCCUAUGGGUCCCGUCGACUUCCUCACCAGCCAAGCUCGGGUUCUGCUGGCUGGAAUUCUGGCGCUGUUCACACACCGAGGGUUAACAAUUAACGAGGAUUUAAAGGUUUAGUUUGUGAUAUAAGAAUGAAUUUGGAGAUGUCCGGUUAUGUGGAGAUUGAUAGAAAUAGCACUGUGAUUAGGGAUAGUGCUGAUGAUGAUUUUACUGUGAAUUUGUGGUUGUGCGGUAUUAAUUGUGGAAUAUUGUGAUUAGGUUUUGAUCGUUCUGUCACCGUAGCACUUGGGUUAGCCUUCUGUUCUGUGCGA